UACACACCAAAGAUCGUACAAACACACACAUCCAUACAAACGACGGAGUGUGCAGACAGGUGAAGUGGAAAUCUCGCCCGAGUUUGCUGUUUUAAAAGCAAUCUUGAGCUAUUCUACGUGAAAUAGUUCACACCAAUCCAGAGUUUAGAUAUCAUAGAUCCCCACAACAACCAUUGAUUCCGACGUUAUGUCCGGGGAAGCGGGUACGACUGGGACAAGUACCCGGGCGUCUGCCGCGGCGAGCGGGCCAACCUCGGCGGUGAAAAUACGAGGCUCGCCCAGCAAGUACGUCAAGCUGAACGUCGGUGGUGCGCUGUUUUACACGACCAUCGACACACUCACAAAACAAGACAACAUGCUUAGGGCAAUGUUUAGUGGACGGAUGGAAGUGCUUACUGAUUCAGAAGGCUGGAUCCUCAUAGAUAGAUGUGGUAAACACUUCAACAUAAUUCUCAACUACCUCAGGGAUGGCCAGAUACCGUUGCCAGAGUUACAGAGUGAAAUUGAAGAGCUUCACAAUGAAGCCAAGUAUUAUUUGAUACAAGGACUCGUAGACCAGUGUCAGAAGGUGCUAAAGAAAAAGCAAGAUGAAUAUUUUCCAGUUUGUCGCAUUCCUGUUAUAACCUCACAGAGAGAGGCGCAGUUGCUUAUAAGCAGUUCCUCUAAGCCCAUCGUAAAACUCCUGUACAAUAGACAAAACAACAAGUAUUCUUACACAAGCAACUCUGACGACAACAUACUAAAAAACAUUGAGAUGUUCGACAAGCUGUCUGUACGUUUCAACGGGCGCGUUAUCUUCGUCAAGGACGUUAUCGGUGGCAACGAGGAGAUUUGCUGUUGGUCAUUCUACGGACACUCAAGAAAAGUCGGAGAGAUCAGCUGCACCUCCAUCAUGUAUACCAGUGAGAAGAAGCAGACAAAGGUUGAGUUUCCCGAGGCUCGUAUCUUAGAGGAGACGUUAAACAUUCUACUGUACGAGAGACUGGAUAGCCAAGACGCCGAGGCACUGCACAACAUCGGCACCAAGCUGGGAUCCUUCGCAGCUGCAGCAGCCUGCCACAGCGACGAAGAGGAUGACCAUAGAGUCCGGAAGACAUGAGGAGGGCUCGGCUGCCGGAACAACUCAGAAAAAGAGUGAGCUGUUUCUGAUCUGGGCCCAAUUUCAUGGUGCUACUUGAGUAGAAAAUCUUGUGUAGUAGUUAUCUGCUAAGCAGAAAUGAGCAGGAUACCAGUCACAAAUUGUACAUGUGACAUGGUAGUGCAGCUGGUAAUUUAUUUCUGGUAAGCAUAAUUUUGUUUAAGCAGCUCCAUGAAAUUUGGCCCCGGGAACGUUCUUGAGGAUACAGUUCCUACAUUAAUUCCAAACUAAUUACACAUUGUAUUCUUAAUGUUGUAUUGAGAUGAUGCUUUGUACGGCAAUGCUUUUUAUAUUUUAUACUCGACACCGACGUUGGAUGGGAGCUGUUUUCUUUUGUAAGUAUAGACCCAAAACAUAGAUAGAAAACAUGGCGACCAUUUUUUAUCAGUUAUGGGGUCACGUCAUUUUCAAAAAGGUACGGUGCAUAUUGGUGGAUAUUGCAUCAACAUAAAAGUUUGCCUCCGAAACAAAGGCAACAGUAGGUUACAAAUCAUUAACAGUGUAGUGUAUAGAUUUGUGUACCUCUUUAUUAGAUGCAUUCUAUAUAUGCGAGAAAUAAUUUAAUGGCCGGACUUUUUAUUCUGGCAGAGGCCAUCUUUAUAUUAUUCCAUAUUGGAAUUUAUAUCAAAGUCCACAAUGCAGUAUCAUAAUUUUCUCCUACUUUAAGUCACAGAAUAUAUAACAACGAAAAAGUUAAAGAUUUGUUUUCAUGGUGCCGGAUUGAUGUGAGAUUUUUGUUACAAUGCGCUGCAUUGGUAAUCUAGAAGUGUAAUCUAUCAGCUUGAAAGUGGACUAGAAUUUCCUCCUUGUGAGAGGGCAAGAACAUUUCAUCGUUUUCAUUUGGCACUUUCAUUGGAAACACACUUAAAGUCUGUGGGAAUCUGUUGAAGGGGCGCCAAGGCCAAACCAGGGCAAACACCCAUGUUUGAAAGAUUUGUCUGUAGGAUCAAGUUUGAAGGAAUGUAAACCAGUAAUCUCUAAGGAUUAAAACUAAUCAAUUCGUUUUGAAGGGGUAAUGUUGCCAUAACACUGAAGAAGAAAAAUGACAUCCCAAUUCCUGACAUAACUUACAACAACUUAAAACGUCAAUGUUUUUUAAACACUUGAUCCUUUCAUAAAUGGAUAUUGAUAACACAUAAUGUAAUUUUUUUCUAAAAAGAAACUGGGGAAUUUGUUUUAAUUGCACAACUGCAUUUUGUCAUUUGUGUGAUCUGUGUUUUUAGUGAAAUGUCAUUCUUGUUGUAUGUACAUUUAGUUCACCUCUGGAAGUAGAUAAUGCACUCUGUUUUGAUUUCCUUGUUGUGUUGUAUUUUGUACGAUAUUGUUUCAAAGAUGCUUUGUUGUACUCGUGGGUCAUUGAAACUAUUGAGGAAAAGCCACGUUGGCGUUUGGUUUUCGGUUUAACUGUGAAACACCAUUCAAGGAAAAAGAUACCCAUGUUCAGGAAACAUUUCUGAGAACUGAAAUGUAAAUUAUAGUUAUGUUUUGUAUACACAUAAUACUGUCACCACUUUAUUUGGCCAUCUUUGUCAGGUUCUCUCUGUUCGUUAAUGUUUACAGUGUUGUUAAUCAAGUUUUGGUCAGACUAUAUUUCAGCCUCAGUUUGAGGCAUAGAUUUGUAUCAUAGAGUUAUAUAUAACAACUAGAGGGCGCACUGGUGAUGCUUCUUGCACAAACGCGACGGGACC